AUGGUCAAAUGCCCAGAAUGCGAAGCAAAUGCCGAUCUAACAAAAGACGGCGCAUGGGCGCAUUGCGCUUCUUGUAAUACAAUUUUCCAGCCAGGCAAAGAAGGGAGCCACUAUCGCGGCGGGGGCAGCGGAUCUGGCGAUAAGGAAGAAACGAAAAAGGGCGAAAGUAGUAGUGAGAGUAAAGAUGAUGGGAAGGGGAAUUAG